UUUAAUCUAACACAAAGUGGGGGUGACUGGCCUCUCUGUUCCUGUCUUAAAAAUGUUAAUUAAAAGCUGUUUAUGUAAAAAACUAAAACUUGAACUAUUUAGCUAAAUAGUUUACUGAGCCUGAUUUGGAUUACUGUUUACACUUUCCUGUGGAAUAUAUUUUUUACUUUUGUGGACUUCUGUUUUUUUUAUUGACAACUUUUUUUGGGCAAUUCACAGAGGAAGUAUCUCAGCCAUACCAUAUUUCAUCCUUGGGCAGGAUGAGCCCAAUCAUUUGCUUUGCCACUCUCUUGUCUUCUGUGGUUUGGGGAGUCAACGGGAUUAAUAAAGAAGAGGAAAAUGAAAGAUUCCUGACAUGCUCCAUCACAGAGCAGCACAGGCAGGACCUCUCGAACCAGCAGCUCACCAGAAUCCCACCAGACCUGUCUCCCAGCACCCAGUACCUGGACUUGUCCCAUAACAACAUCACCAGGGUCGACGAUAAAGACCUGGCAGCCCUGCCCGACCUCUGCAUCCUGAAGCUCCACCACAACCCCCUGGAGUACAUCUCCCCCACAGCCUUCCUGAACAACUCUAAGCUGGAGGUCCUCAACAUCUCCUACAGCUCCCUGAAGGCCAUCCCAGAUCUGCUGAUCCCCACUCUUCAGGUCCUUGAUCUUUCCAGCAACCUCUAUGGAAGUUAUGCCCUGGGAAGCUCAUUUAAGAAUAUGGAGCACCUCUUUUCUCUUGCUCUGGGUAGCCCAUACGCCACAUCCAUUAACUACACUGAUUUUGCCGCUGUGCGGAAUAUACCUUUAAGACAUCUGAGUCUUGGGUACGGGGAGGGCUUGGAAAGUUAUGAGUCUGGUUCCUUCACCCAAAUUCUGUCUCUACGCAAACUGACACUCAUCAUGACAUUCUGUGAACGUUUCCUGAUGUUCCAGGACAUGCUCAAAGACCUUCAAAGAACACAAGUGGAGAGUUUAGAGCUGGUCAAGUUUCUCCCCAGAUAUUGCAACAUCUCCAGUGACCCAUUUGAGGGUCUCAGAGAUCUGAGAUCCUUGAAGAACAUCACUUUCACAGACACCUGGUUCAAUAGCUCAGUCUUACAUACAUUUCUCCAGAAUGUCUACAGAUCUCCAUUCCAAGUUAUUGCUUUACUUAACAUCACUUUUAAUGAAGAUAUUGAAGAGUUUUAUCUGGACUGUGAUACAGGAAAACAUGCAGUUAACCUAAAAACAAUCAUUUUUGAUGGUAUCUUGCACUACCAGAUGAGAUAUCCAAAGAUCAGAAUCAAUGUGACUUGUUACUCCCAGAUGACCUACCUGAAGUUCUCUGGCUCAGGGAUGAACAUCUCACCCUGCAACUUGAUGUCCUCUCUGCCCUCUCUAGAGGUCCUAGAUGUGUCCAACAACCUCUUAACAGAUAAUGGCUUCUGGUGGCAGGGGUGCUCCUACACUAAAGUCUUCCCAGCUUUAAAGCAGCUUAACUUGAGCAUGAACAGGUUCAUAAAGCUGAGCUUCAUCUCCCAGAAAACCCAGCAGAUGAGAUCCCUGGAAACUCUGGACCUGAGCUCCAACUCCAUUGAGCUUGAAGGCCAGUGCUCCUGGCCUUCUCACCUGACCAACCUCAUCUUGAGUAACAAUAACCUGGGCAACUCUGUCUUCAACUACCUCUCUCCACACUUCAGAAGUCUGGACCUCUCCAAGACAGGCAUUUCAGCCUUGACGAAGGACAUGCUCACCAGGCUGCCCAACUUGACACAUCUCUUCUUGAGCUCCAAUAGCCUCCAGGUCUUGCCUGCUGAUCUCUGGGCACCCAGUGUAGAGGUGCUGCAUGUGGAUCGCAAUGCCAUAAGUGUCAUCAGCCAAGAUUCCUUAAAAGGGCUGCCUGGGCUCAAGGAACUAAAAGCAGGACACGAGCCAUUCAGCUGCAAGUGUGACUCCUAUUGGUUUGUGACCACUCUUGAUAAGAGGCUUCUGCCCGAUUGGCCAUUGCAGUACACCUGCAGCUACCCGCCUGAACUGUAUGGGAUGUUACUAGAAGAGUACCAGCCAGGCAGAAUAACCUGUGAGCUGUGGAUCCAAGCUGCCAUUGCAGUCCUUGUCACGCUUGUUGUUCUUCUGGUUUUGAGCCUCACUUUCUAUGCCUGUGAUGGAGCCUGGUACCUCAAGAUGCUCUGGGUGUGGAUCAGGGUCAAAAGGAGGAGCAGCCAGGAAACAGAGAGGCUGGCGAAUGCAUCUUUCCAUUACCAUGCCUUCAUCUCCUACAGUCAGCAUGAUUCCAACUGGGUGGACAAGCAGCUUGCGCCCAACAUGGAGAAGGCAGGCUUCAGACUUUGCAUCCACGAGCGUGACUUUGUGCCCGGAGACUGGAUCAUCGACAACAUCAUCAACUGUGUGGAGAGCAGCUACAAGACCCUGUUUGUGCUCUCGCGGAGCUUCAUCCAGAGCGAGUGGUGUAACUACGAGCUCUUCUUCGCCCAGCACCGGGCGCUCAGUAUCCAGCAGGACUCCCUAGUCUUCAUCCUGCUGGAGCCCAUUCCUGCAGACUCCCUGCCCAGGAAGUUCAUGAAGCUGCGGACCCUGCUCAGGCAGCAGACCUACCUGGAGUGGCCUAAGGAGGAGAGGAAACAGCUGGUCUUCUGGGCCAGCCUGAAGAGAAUGCUGCAGGAGGGCAAUAAGUACAUGGUAAUGAAGCAGGCAGCAGUGGGGAUAGCUGACUUGAUGUCCGAUCUUGUAAUUGAUUAAAGCUUCAGAGACUCAGCACUUUACUCCGAGUUGCUAAGUGACUUGACAAAGUGGAAGAAUUUAAAUAAAUGGGUCAAUAUGGGCUAAAAUCUCAGAGAUCUUAACUUCAGAUUGUUAUUGAAAAACAUAAGCGACUGGGUGUGUUUCACCUUUUUGAAAACAUCUUUCAAAUGAAAACUUGUAAAAAGCUUUUAGAAUCUAGCUUUUUAUUUUCGAUUCCCUGGUGCUGUUUUCUGAUAAUUUCUUAACGCAUUUAAGUAAGUCUUUUAUUACAUUUGAAAACAAACACAAGGCACUGAAAUGUUGAUAAAACGACUUCAAAAUAGCACUUUAUUUUUGUAUGAUUAUUAUUAUUUUUGCCUUUUAAGUGGUCUGAGUUACUGUACCCAAUAGAUUUAAAUGUACAUUUUUGUUAAGAUCUUUGCAUCAAUAUUUAUUAAAGAUAUUGGACGCCAAAAUGAACACAUUAGUCUCAUCACUUUGUCAAAUUGGUUUGACAUAAAACAGAAGGUUUUAAAAUAAUUUAAAUAAGUGGGACAAUUUGUUAUUAUCACUUUUUUUCCAGAAAGUAUUAUAUAAUUAUAAUUCUAAAAACAAAACAGCAAUACUAUCCCCAAACCUUGAAAUGUGUAAGGUGCACAAUGUCCAGCAAACACCAGACACAAAGGGA